AUGGGCAGCAUGACCUCUUGCUGCGUGACCGCCACGCCGAAAGUCCACUCCAGACUGGAAGAGGACCAAGCCGAAACGGAACCAAACCUGCGGCAGGAGGAGACGCUCUUAGAAAACAACCUGCAACACAUCCGUGACAUUGAGAACGUGGAUGAGAUGGACGUGAUACUGAGUCCUGCUGAUCAUCCACAAAGUGGCACGAUGUUCCUCAGCAAAUCCAUGAAUGGCGGUGUGCUCAUUUGUACAUAUUCCGCAAUGAGAGAGAGACAAAAGAUCCAUUUCAUCCGCUACCGCGGUCCAACCAGCAGGUGGAAGUACAGCUCAUGCUCCACCAUCUUCCUUGAUGAGAACACAGUGAGCAGGCCUCACCUUAAAUACACCAUCAAAUGUGUAGCAUUGGCUAUUUACUACCACAUCAAAAACAGGGACCACAAUAGAAACCCACUCGCCGACAUUUUUGACGAGAGGCUUCACCCGCUCUCGAGAUCACAGCGGGUGCCGGCUGAUUACGAUCAUCGAGAACCGGAGCGGAGACAGGUUUACCGCUUCGUCCGCACUCUCUUCUGCGCUGCUCGGCUCCGAUCCGAGUGCGCCAUCGUCAUGCUAGUGUACCUGGAGAGACUUCUAACAUAUGCGGAGAUUUCCAUGAGUCCGUGUACGUGGCGGCGUAUGGUGCUGGGCGCCGUCCUGCUGGCGUCUAAAGUGUGGGACGACCAGGCUGUGUGGAACGUGGACUACUGCCACAUCCUCAAAGACAUGCCAGUGGCCGACAUGAACGACCUGGAGCGCCACUUCCUGGAGCUCCUGCAGUUCAACAUCAACGUACCCUCCAGCAUUUAUGUCAAGUAUUACUUUGACCUGCGCUCGCUGUCCGAGGCCAACGACCUCAGUAUCCCCCUGGAGGCCCUCAGCAACCACAAGGCCCAAAAACUUGAGGCUAUUUCCAGACUGAGCGACGACACGUUCGGGGAAGCGCGGAGAGCUUCCAGGAAGCGCUCGGCCAGCGUGGACCACCUAGAUGGAGACAUGUGGGUUCCCGCCAUCCUCUCCUAA